GCUGCUGCUACCGCUGCGGCUUCUGCUGCUGCUUGUGCUGUUCUCAUUUCUGGUUGUACCGUUCUCUUUACCAGUUGUCCACUACGGAACAGCGUUAAAGGGAAGCUGAUUAGACAAAUCUAGAAACACAUCUCGUGUGUGUGUGCGUCGUGUAGUUGAUGUAUAGCAACAGAUAGAUUGUAUACAUCAUUAGAUAUAGACAUACAGAUAUAUAUAUAUAUAUAUGUACAUGUAAAUAUAUAUAUCUAGCUAUAUAAUUUGGUGUGCGUAUAUAUACAACCGUGGGUAAAUAGAACCGUCUUGUGGUAUAUUCUCUCAUCUCGAGUGGUAACAGGCGUUAUCAUCGCUUGCAACAAGAGUCUUCCUCACACAAGACACGUGCCAGCGCUGAUGAGCCCCAGGAUGUGGACGAAAGCGGUUUUCGUUAUCUGUCUCCUCUUUAUUGGAGUUGACAGUGUCUUCGGAAAGGGACUUCGUAUAUCGAAAAGGGAAGCCGAGGUAAUCAAGAAUUUGAACACUGAAAGUAAUGGUCGAAGAGUGAAAAAAGUGGGUCAGAAUGAGGGUUCAUUGGCCCCGCAAGGCAAGGAUUUGAGUAAUUCUCGGGAACGUCUGUUGAUGUAUGCAAAGCGUAUGUAUGAAACUCGCAAUAGUUUGGCUAAUAAGGAACCGCAUAAAAAUGCCGAGAAACAGAAAAAAGACAAACCAGAACCUCUGCUAAUCAGAAGCAAAAGACGUAAUCUUGAGCAACCUGAAUCUACCAAUCACCUUCUUGCUCGGGAGAAGCGUUUGAGCCCACGAGACCAUUCUAAGAACUCGGGACACCACCACAAUUCUCACAACAAAAACAUGCAACACAAAAUGAAAGGCAAAGGAAAUUCUCAUAACGAUGAUUUAAGGUUAGCAAAAGACCCCCUUUCGGAUAUUGAACAAAAACACUCUACUAAGCUCGCAUCUUUCAAGAAAAAUGGUGAAAUGUCCCGCAGAGUGAACGGCAAAAAGAAUGAUCACAAAGGAAAACGAGAGGAUAAAAGGCAUCAUAACAACGAUCAUCACAAGAAAAUGAAGGCUUUUAAGAAAAUAAACAAGAAGAAACAUGAUGAGCAUAAGGCAGAGCAUCAUUUUAAAAAUGGUCACUCUCACGGUAAGGCGAAGAAUUCCAACAAAUGGAAGAACCAUGACAAGUCUAAUUUUCAUAAGAAAAACAACAAGAAACAUCUUUCCCAUAAGAACCAGGAUCUUACGAUAGUUAAGAGGAAAGACAUUAAAUUCUAAAAAAAAAAAAAAAAAUUAUAUCAUGGUGUAGUAAUCGGUUCCAAAUUGUUUGGUCAGUAUCUUACUUGUGUGAAUUUCCACAGAUAGCUACUUUUUUUCAACGUCCAUUUGUACUUAUAUAUAAAUAUACAUAAAUAUAUUUCCUAUUCGCUCACAGCUUGCCACCAACUGGUUCCUCCUAUAUUGAUCCCCCGCACAUUGUUGUACCUUGCAGUUUUUAUGAAGAAAUCUCGUUUCAUAUGAAUACUCUGUUGUUUGAUUUUCUACAAUAUGAAGAUAUUCGCAAAUUCAUUUUACAAAGACAAUAUAUAUAUAUA